UACAUUCUACAGUGAAUAUUUAUUUAUUUGUUGUGAAUUCUAGAUGGUAUUGGUUUAUCGUUUCGUAGAUUCAGAAUAUAUGAGUUCGUUCAUUUAGUAGAAACAUAAUUCCUCUGCAAAAAUGGGAGUCAACUUCAAUUUAAGUCGCAAUCACUACCUGUUACUUGGAAUUGUAUGCGGCUUCCUUUUCAGCUACUAUUCACCGCACGAUUAUACGGAAUAUGUAGCAGAGUGCCCGGAGGUGACGGAAAAUGCAGAUACACUAAACCUUGAGCAUUACAACGAAUUCGAGCCACAACUCAACUUAGAUCAGAAGCCGAUGAUAGCAAAGAAGACGGUGAAAAACAUUAUACGUCCGCGGUAUUAUUAUUCCGAGCUUGGGAUAAGAGAAAAAAUUUUCGUGGGCGUGCUGACAACGACAGAAAAUGUUGACACGUUCGCUACCGCAAUUAACCGCACCGCUGCUCAUCUGGUGAAUAAGAUAAAAUUCUUCAUUCAUGCAGAUAAUGUAAAGUCCAACUUUAACCUGAAGAAUAUAGUAGGGUUUACAGACACUCGAGAGCAUCUGCGGCCGUUCCAUAUGCUGAAAUACCUUGCAGACAACUAUCUGGAUGAAUAUGACUUCUUCCUGCUACUAUCCGAUACGACGUAUGUGAAUGCUCGCACGGUGCGACAACAACUUCAGCAUCUUAGCAUCACCUUGGAUGUGUACAUGGGUACAAAGCUGAACGAAAAUGCGUAUAACAGCGAGGAAAACGACGAAGCUGCGCGUAAUGAUUAUUGCGAUCUGCAUGCCGGCAUUAUACUGAGCAGUGGUGUGAUAAAAAAGAUCCGAGCAAAUCUGGAUUGGUGUGUGCGUAACUCAGUUUCAAACAACCACAGCGCUAACAUUGGGAAAUGUGUAAAAUAUUCGACGAAAAUUAAGUCCUGUCACCAAUCUUGGCAGGGUAUUGAUAUCACCAGCUACCAUUUGAGCAGUUACAAAAUUUAUCGUGACUUCUACUUAAUCGCAAAGGAGAAUCGGUUUAACAAUGCAGCAAUGAUUUAUCCUAUCACCACGACAGAUGACUUCUACCUGCUGCAUGCAUAUUUCUCACGCGUACAUCUCAAGAAAAACAGUGAGGUGAAGGGUAUGCUGCUUGAAGAUGCGAUGCAAAUUUCGAAUGGCACGCUUUCGAACGACAUUCUUGAAGUGCGUUGGCCUCUAGGAGUUCCAAAAUCAAAUCCACCCGAAUCACGACAUGAUGUUGUCCCGUGGACUAUGCUAAAUACAACACAUUCAUUCAUGUGGAACUCUGAGGUGAACAUUCACCGAUUAUCAACGGUUGACGAGGAGGACAUUCGCAACAUUUUAAACAAAACGAUUUUAGAAGCGACGCGAAACAAUCCGGAUGCUGAGUUUCGAGGUAUUCACACCGCUUACAAGCGCUUCGAUGCCGUCCGUGGCAUGGAUUACCGGCUGUUGUUAAAUUUCUACGACAGAAGAUUGAAAAAGAUGGUACAGAAAAGCUUUGAAGUAAUCAAACCUAUUAGUUUGAUUGAAAUCAUUCCCUCACCGUACGUAACCGAAAGUACACGCGUUGCAAUAUUGCUUCCGACCUUUGAAAAUCAAGUCCUCGAAACAGAGCAGUUCCUAGAGAGUUAUGAAAAAACGUUCAUGGACAGUCAGGAUAAUACAUUUCUCAUGCUUAUAUUUCUUUACCGCGCUGAAACUCCCAGCAAAGGCGAGGAAGAUGUGUUUCUUCCGUUGAAAAAUAUUGCUCUAGCAUUGACGGAAAAACAUAAGCAAGAUGGUUCAAGAGUGGCAUGGGUUUCGAUUCGAUUGCCGGUAGAAGUUAGUUCGAAAGUAACCAAAAGCAACCAUUACUAUAGUUCGUUUUACGGUGCUCACACACGUAUGAGUUUCGCUGCCGUCGAUUUAGCAUUGCGUAAGAUAGGGUUGGAAAGUUUGGUGAUGUUAUGUUCAAACGCGGCCUCGUUUCGCCCAGAUUUUCUUAACCGUGUUCGGAUGAAUACCAUACAAGGCUUUCAGGUGUACAGUCCAAUCGGUUUCAUGAUGUAUCCCUGUGAGUGGACUGGGCUGUGUAAACCAUGUGAAAACUGUGAUGUUGGUCAAAGUAGCGGUUACUUCGACAGGGCUAAUUACGAUGUGGUUUCAUUUUACAGUAAUGAUUACGUGUUCGCACGCAAACAACUCGAGCAACAGCUACCAAUUGUACGAAGCGAUCGAGAUAUUGUGAAUCUGCUAUCAACAAAUUCCACACAGUCCAUUAAUAGCAGUACGAUAGCAAAUAUAAUAGACCUAUUUACGUUGAGCAAUAGCAAAAUACACAUUCUUCGUGCGAUUGAACCGAACCUUCGGUAUGGGCGAAGCAUUAGCAAUUUCUUGUCCAACGAUCCUUACGGAGAACAGUUUGCUAAGUUGCAUUGUUCGGACGGAGCGGAACGGAGACAGUGCAUUCGAAUUGCAUCAAAGAAACAGAUAGGAGAUGUGUUUGUACAAGAUAGUAAACAGUUUGAAAACCGCGAGGUUGUGUAGCCAACAACCAUUUCCUUUCCACAAGCUAUACGAUAUAUUACGUAAGAUGAUUUACAUGCCAUGUUUAAGUUUUCUAUUCAUUUCUGAAACCUCUGAAAACAAACCAUUUUUUAUAAUGCUUAUCAUUUUCCAUUUUUCUAUCAAAUGACAAUAAGGCGUUACAGAAACAUGCUCGACAGGUUUUUUUUUUUAAAUAAAGUGUCAUAAUUAAACAAAUAAUAA